AUGGCGUCGUCGAGGAGGAUUGCGACGGUGGCGGCGGCUGUGCUCUUGGUUUGCGCGAUCCUAGCUUGGACGCCGGAAGCGGCGAGGAUGGGGCGGAGAGGUGAUGUUGCUGUCGCCGGUGUCGAUGGAGGAGGUGGUGACAGCGGCAAUGUGCGCUACUGGGAGUGGGAGCAGCAGCGAGGGUUCGUCGGCCGCCGGCCGAGGCUGGCAUCGUUCACGCGGCGUGACGGUGUUGCGCUGCCGAAUGGGCAGGCCGCUGGUGGCGAGGACGGCGGUUCCAAGAGAGAGGUGCCCAGCGGGCCGGAUCCGAUACACCACGGCGGCGUCGCGCCGUCGUCGGCUGCUCCGACGACUCCGUAG